AUGCAUUUACCUGAACACUUUAUUCUCUUCUUAAACCCCGUUCGACAUGCAAUCUAUUUCCUCCAACAAUUGCCAAAAAUAGCCCGAACCGAACUCGUGACCAGCAAGAGCAGAGACGAGUUCUUUUCGGAUCUCCAAGGAAAAUACAAGGAUAUAACAAUCAUCUACAGAACAUCAGUCAGCGGUGCCAUAACCGGAAAGUUCGAAGCAGACCUAAUCCACCACCUCCUCGCAACCUGCAACUACAUCUGCCACAACGGCGCAGGAUAUGACCAGAUGACGUCGAUGCAUGCACAAAAGAAGGGUCUUGACUUUGGACAUAAUCAACAGGGGAGGAUUCUGAAUAUACUUGGGAUGGAGCGGAUUGGGUGUGCUAUCAAGAAGCGCGUUGAGCCUUUUAUUGUCCAAACGCGGUAUCAUAAUCCCACUGGUGCGGAGUACGUCACUUUUGAGAAAUUGCUAUCCAAAAGCGACAUAGCCAGCAUCAACAUCCCGCCCAUCCCUAACACCAAAGGCUUUAUCGACGUAAAAGAAAUCGCCCAGAUGAAAGACGGCGCCAUGCUUGUGAAGACAGCUCGCGGGGCAAUGAUCGAUAAAGCCGCAAUGGCAGAUAAAUUGUACUGUGGGAAGAUAGCGUCCGUGGGAUUGGAUGUGUAUGAGAAUGAACUGGUAGCUAAUGUGAAAUUGGUGAGGAAUGUGCGUGCAUUACUGAAUGCGAGGAAGGCGGUGCUUGGGGAGAGGAUGCUUUCGCCUGUCCCAGAGCAUGUUCAUUUUCCGUUGAGUGGCUAG